AUAAUCUCUCCAUCAUAUAUUUAAAUUACUGACCCUCUUCUACACAUUUUCGUCUCGUAAUAUUUCGAAUACUCUUCUCUCAUAUUCUGUGAACUUAACAUAUAGACAUGGCUGCGAGGCAACCUACAACCUGGGAUGAAUACAAUCCCGGGGCUUCACCCAACCGAAGCGAUAGCCCGUUGUCUAUCAGCAAUCUAAGUGUUCGCUCUGAGGACCAGGCAUUAUUAAGUGACCAGUACGGUCAUGGGCAAGAUGAGGAACACCCGCGACGAGCAGAACGAAGGUCGUCUAUAACGAAUCGUCUUGCUGCGGUGGCCGAUAUUGGUGGCGUCAAUAGUAUCAGGUCGUUUGGGAGGAGUUGGCAACGAGCCGCUGCCUUCCCAGAAAUCUUACCGCAACAUCCCACUUUUGUGUUUGCGCCGGAUCAAGAGCCUGUUCAGUCAGUCGACUUCGAAGCGGGUCCCAGAGCUUCUCCCUUAAGAGAAGAUGUCGAAGCUCCUUCGCCCCACAGUAUCGACCACGAGGAGCCCGGGCCAGCUGGAGCGCCUUCAUCACGAAUAGAUGAGCCGGAAGGCGAGCGGAAACGCUUGGGUAGCGAAAUAUACCGAGUAGUAUCACCAUCCGGUUCCCCUCUCAACAAUUCGAUAUUCUCCGUGCCGCCACACCUUUCUGUUUCUCCACUGGUUGGUAGUUACGGAUCCAUUCGAAGCUAUGGUACUAUCCAGUCGGCUACCCAGUCUUCCAUGAUCCAUGCCCCAGAGCUAUGGCGUCAGCAGCAAGAACCAGGAGCAAAUGUGCCUGAUGGUGAACGGCCGCCUAUCCUUGUAAAAGAGGUUGAGCAAGAAGGGAGACUCGUGCUAGCUGUAGCCGGUCAAUCAACUCUACCGCAAACUGUUGUGAACUCUACUAACGUCCUGAUCGGUGUCGGUUUACUGAGUCUACCCAUGGGUUUGAAAUAUGCUGGUUGGGUCUGUGGGCUUAUUGCGCUGUUUCUAUGUGCCGCACUAACCAGCUGGACGGCGAGACUAUUAUCAAGAUGCAUGGAUCGCGACCCUAGUACAAUCACCUUUUCUGACAUAGCGUAUACCUGCUUUGGCAUGAAAGCGCGCAUCAUGACAGCAGCGCUCUUCACUCUGGAAUUGCUUGCUGCUUGUGUGGCUCUUAUAGUACUAUUUGCCGACUCGCUAGCACUCCUAUUCCCAGGUACACUGAGUGUGACCGAGUGGAAGAUCGUCUGUACUCUGAUCCUCAUACCUCUGCAAUUCGUCCCUCUAUCCUUCCUCUCCGUUACUAGCUUUGUUGGCGUGGUAUCAUGUCUGGGCAUCGUUAUCAUCGUCAUCCUUGAUGGGUUGAUUAAACCGCACUCCCCUGGUUCUCUUAUAGAGCCUGCGAUGACGUAUAUGUUCCCUGAAAAUUGGCUUACUUUGCCUCUGUCCUUUGGAUUACUCAUGUCUCCAUGGGGUGGACACAGUGUUUUCCCAAACAUCUAUCGUGACAUGCGACACCCCCACCGCUUUAAGGAGGCGGUUGGAUACACGUUUAGCUUCACUUUGGCAAUAGAUUUUGCUGUAGCUGUUGUAGGACUACUAAUGUUUGGCGAUGGAGUCCGCGACGAGAUCACGGGGAAUAUCCUCGAAACCAAGGGAUAUCCCAACGUUCUCAACGUCCUCCUUGUGAUCUUCAUCGCAAUCAUUCCUUUGACUAAGAUCCCUCUGAAUUCUCAACCGAUCGUCACAAUUCUGGAAGUAUUAUUCGGCCUUCGACAACAAGUCGUCACGGAAGAAACACCCCUCGUCGGUCUCUCUAGCAGCUCAAGGGGUGUACUAAAAGCCCUCCUCAGAGUGUUGACGCUCUUAGUCUUCUUGGCAAUUGCUAUUCUCUUCCCGGCGUUUGACACCAUCAUGGCGUUCAUGGGAAGUGCUCUCUGCUUCACUAUAUGUGUUACACUUCCUCUGGCAUUUUACUUGAAGCUAUUCGGGCAUGAGAUCUCGGCGCGAGAACGCAUCUUUACUUGGAUUGUCAUGCUCAUAUCUUUGACUCUCUCUGUUAUCGGGACUGUGUGGGCUUUCUUGCCUAAGAAGCUUAUUGGAGCGGCGUCCUAGAUAAGUGGGAAACA